ACCUGUAAAUACUUGUAUGAUUCAUUGAAUUUUUAUAAAGUUUGUAUGAUUGAUUUUAUCUUGGUAUCUUUUUGUAAUUUAGGUAUUUACAAAGGAACUUGUGUUUUAAUCGAAAAAGAACUUGGCAGAAAAUUAGUAUGGCUUCCAUGUCGCCAUCACAUAAUGGAGAUUAUUAUGAGAGGAGUUUUUGAAGUUCUUUGGAAGACGACAUCGGGUCCUAACGUUCCAAUAUUUAUUAGAUUUAAAAAAUUCUGGGACAAAGUUGAUCAAUCCAAUUAUAAAAGUGGAAUUGAGGAUGAAACUGUAGCAAAUACUUUAAUAGAAAAAAAGGCUGAAAUUUUUACUUUCAUUAACAACUGCCUACAGAUGUCACAGCCUCGAGAUGAUUAUCAAGAACUUUUACUCCUAUGUUUAGUGUUCCUUGAUAGUUCUUAUGAAAAAUCAUUUCUUUUGAACGACCUGGUGCCAUGCACUAUGCGCGAUGGAUGUCUAAGGCUAUUUACAGCUUGAAAAUAUUUUUAUUUCGUAAUCAGUUUAAACUUUCAGAUCAAGAAAAGAAAAAUUUACGCAGAAUUUGUAUUUUUGUAAUUUUAUUUUAUAUCAAAGUAUGGUAUAAUUCAACUUCUGCUAUCCAAGCACCAAACAAUGACUUAGAAUUUAUGAAGAAUUUGAUUCAUUCUAAAAAAAUUAAUUCGCCACUGUUACAACGAGCUUGUCAAAAAAUGAUGGAACACUUGUGGUAUUUAAAUGAAGAAUUGACCACAAUCUCAUUAUUUGACGACAAUAUAUCUGUUAAUGUGAAAAAAAAAAAUUGUUGCGGCAAUUCAAAAUCGGGAAAGUUCUACACCAAUGCGCCAAAGGUAUGAGAUUAUGGAGCAAGAUCUUGAAUCUUUAUUGGAAAAAGAUUUGAGUGAUUUUGUUUCCAAAAAUUCGCUAGAACUAUUCAAAAAAUUCGAUUUGCCAUGCGAUUUUUUAGAGGAUGAUAUUUCAACAUGGUGCAGAAAUGAUUCAUAUAAGGAAUGUUCAGAAUAUUUCAAUACGUUAAAAGUCACUAAUGAUGUAGCUGAACAAGAUGUUGCUUUGAUUGAGGAAUACAACAAUUAUCUCACAAAAGAUGAGCAACAACUGCAAUACUUAUUGCAAGUAGUUCGCGAACAUCGGCAGAGAUAUCCCAAUUACAAUAAGACAACUCUUAAGCAAGAUCAAUUUCAUGUAAAUGUGUAAAAAUCAUUUUUAGACAAAAAAAAAUUCAUAUUUAUGAGAAGUAAUACAUUUUUAAUUUGUUAUAAGUUUUAAGUAAUUAAUAUAUAAUAUUUAUUAGUCAUGAAUACGUACAUGUUAAAUAAAUUCACUUGUCUGUUGGUCUGAAUUAAGAAAACG